AUGGUCGAGUUCGAGCAUGAUUGGUCGCUUGCCUCGGCGUUGAUAGAGAGGUGGAGGCCUGAGUCCCAUGCAUUUCAUUUACCGUGCGGGGAGAUGACUAUCACCCUGCAGGACGUGGCAUAUCAGUUGGGACUCAGGAUUGAUGGUGAUCCUGUGAGUGGAUUAAUAGGUGGGUGGGAGCAGCACCACCAGGGAUGGACCAUUGAGGAGUUAUGUGAGGAGAUACUGGGUGUUGUUCCUGGCCCAGAAGACAGACAGUCACAGACGAAGUGGACUGUCAAGCUCACUUGGUUCCACAACACGAUUUGUAGAGAGCUAGAGCAGGAUGCCAUAGAGGAGUGGCUGAUGAGGUAUACGAGAGGAUACAUCAUGCAGUUGAUAGGCGGUAUCCUCUUUCCCGAUGCAUCUGACUCUCGGGUGUAUAUCAGGUGGCUUCCCCUACUGGAGGAUCUUGAUGCAUGUGGCCGGUUGUCGUGGGGUUCGGCUGUGCUGGCAUGGCUGUACCGCCAUAUGUUCCGGGCCACGGAUCAUGGUCAGCGCAACAUGGGAGGAUGCGUCAGUUUGAUGCUUUCUUGGGCCUACCACCAUAUUCUGUUAGUAUGGCCCGAUGGGUAUGAUGCUCGUCGCUUUCCCCUGGUCGAGAGGUGGGUUCAGUACUGGUCGGACAAUGCCACAGACGAGAGCAGGCUGAGGCAGUACAGGCAUACGAUGAACGGGAUUGGGAUGCUGAAUGUUGAGGGGACUCCAUAUGCUGAUCCGCAGCUGGUUGGGCUUGUUCCACCGGCGAUAGCAGAGGCGGAUCCCUUGGCGGCAGUUAUUUGUCCACUACUGUGCUCCGCUAUCGUCGAGUGGCAUCAGGUGGACCGGGUAGUACGUCAGUUCAAUGGCCUGCAACACCUUCCCACUAGGCCACUGAACAUUGACGACAUGCACAGGCUGGAUGGGAGACUCGGUUGUGGAGAGUGGUUCCCGCAUCUGCUUGGUGCCUGGCAUGAGAUGUGGGAUGCUCGGGCCGAUCAUCGUCUGCCGAUAUAUCAUCAUAUAGACCUAUGUCCGUCCCUCCCGUAUAUGACGUGGUACCUGCAGUGGGCGCACACAGAGUUAUUCGGUCUGGGUGACCAGCACUUAGUGCCUGCUGGGGUGGUGCCAGAAGACUUGCCCAUACAUCAUCCAGUUGCUCCAGACCUACAUCAGCCAGUGGACGGUCACCUGCUGGAGCUCAGGCCAGCUGCGGAGGAGGGAGAGGUAGGGGACGGAGGCGAGGCAAGGGGAGAGGCAGACGCGGCAAAGGCCGUGGGAGGCAGGAUCCCGAGGAGGUUCCUCGCCAGAGAGACCCUGUCAGCCCGCCAGCUCACCGUGCCGACGAUGCAGGCCAGACGGUGGGAUCAUUGUCAGGACCCGUGCCAGGUGACUACCUGUCUUUGA